AUGUCUGGUGUUGGUCUUGGCUACGAGAUUCUUGGAGCAGUGAAGGUGAAGGCACACCGUCGAGAACAUGCUCUGGCAACUACGCUUCUGACUUGCUCGCGGGUGCAGUUUAUCAUGAAGAUGAUGGCGCGCAGCUCCCUUGAAGGGAUGUCCAUGGCAGGGACGAAUCUUUAUGUUUCUGGCCUCCCGCCAGGCUUUAAUGACGCCCACCUCUUCCAACUGUUCGAGCGCUUCGGGAGAAUCUGGUCCUCCAGAGUGUGCCCGUCACGCCGAACGGGUGGUUUUGGGUAUGCAUUCGUCAAGUAUGGCGAGGCAUCCCAUGCUGCUGCAGCGAUAAAAGCGCUGAAUGAGUACGAUGUUGGUGGAGCUGUGAUAUCUGUUAAGCUUGCGGACAACGAUCGGGGACCGCAACCAAGUGAUGGUGGCAAGGGGAAGGGCAAGCUGGAUCCUUGGAAUAUCCCUGCGGAUAUGAGUGAGGUCUUGAUAACCGGCCUGCGUGGCGACACGGACGAGGACUCGAUUCGAGAGAUCUUCAAAGAAAUGGGGAGGAUCACCAUGAUCAAGGUGUGUUGUGAAGGAAAACUGGAUGGUCAAGGCUAUGCUUUGGCAAGAUUCAGAUACCCGGAAGAAGCACAGCAUGCAAUCCGAAUGACGGACGGUAGCAUACACAGGGGAGUGCAAAUCCGGACCCUCCUGUCGUCAAGUACUGCUGCAAAGGGCGAGGUGAAAAACAUGCUGGAGAGGCAGAAUGUCCCAACAGAAAGCUUGUUUGUCAUGGGCCUGCCCCCAGGCAGCACAACAGACACCAUAACAGCUUUCUUCGGACAGUUUGCCGGCGUGGCCUUUGUCAAAGUGCUGGACACCAACGGCAAGAAAGGCGACACCGUUGCAUUGGUCCGCAUGAACAGCCUGGAGGAGGCGAUUUGGUGCGUUGACAGGUUGAAUGGCCAAGAAACGGCCCCCAACCUACAGCUCAUCAUCCGCUACUCUGAUCCGCCGAAAGGCAAGGGUAUCGCCAAGGGGAUGGAUGAGAUGCAAGCGCAGGCUCUGCAACCGGGCUUUCGACGUGGCUUCAGCGAUUCGCCGUACGGUGAAGUCAAGGAUGCCCUCCCGAUGGCUCAGCGGCCAGUGAGAAGCUUCACUGGCGCAGAUGGCAUGGACCAGGGCCAGGCAGCUUAUGGUGCCGGCUUGGGGCAGCCAAGCCCACCGCCAGGUGGUAGCCUCUCGGCACUGCUGGGUGGUGGCGCCAGAUUACCACCUGGCAGCGCAGCGGGCGUUCCAGCUUUCAGACCACCGAUGAGUCCCCCUCCUGGCGACAGCGGAGGUUGCCAGUUGUGA